AGGUUGAGAUUUACGAGCGAGAGAAGAAGAAGGAAGAAGGCGAUGGCGAUGGCGAAUUUGGUCGUAGGUCUCACCACCUUCUUCGUCCUCAUAGCUCUUCUUGCUAUUAUAGGUUAUCAGUUGAUGUGUUUGGCGGAUUUGGAAUUCGAUUACACUGAUCCAUAUUAUGAUUCGGCGUCACGGAUAAACAAGGCUGCCGUGCCGGAAUUUGUAGUGCAAGCCGUCUUCUGUGUCGUCUGCUUAUCGUCGGGACAAGUUUUUUUGUGCUUCAUGUCUCUCCCAUAUUUACGCUAUAAUAUCAAAUUGUAUAGAACGAAAAAGCAUUUGGUUGAUGUCAACGACUUGUACGAUCUAUAA